AUGAUAUUAAUUGCCAAAGGGAUUCAAGGUGAAGGACUGCAUCCCAUAGCACAUACUAUUGCUACCUCAAUCGUCUGCCCCAGUUCGUGCUACUGUGAUGACAACGGAGAGUAUGUAAGUUGUGUGGGGGACGGACACUGGAGGUUCCCUAUGGAUAUCCCGAACACAACUCUGAGAUUAGAAUUGCGGAAUUAUCUCGUAAAAGGCCUCAAUUCGCAAGAUUUUACUACCCUAACAGUGUUGCAAGAACUGAAACUUCAGCAAUCUCGUAUCGAGACCAUAGAAAAUGCAACAUUUGAAUCGAACAUAAAGUUAGAAAGGUUAGAUCUGAGCCAAAAUGCACUCAUAAGCGUCGACUCGGCUGUUCUGAAGGAUUUGCAACGUCUACGCUUUCUUGAUUUGUCAUCGAACGCCAUUGAUUUUAUUGAAGAAGCAUUCAUGGAUCUAUCAAACUUAGAACAGCUGAAUAUGAGAGACAACAAGCUGCCACAAUUGACGACACGUACAUUUGUUGGACUGCCUAAAGUUCAAUACUUAAAUUUGGAUACAAACAACAUAGCUUCCAUCGAAGUAGGUACGUUUCAGUACCUUACUAACCUUGCUCAUUUAAUUAUCAGUAACAAUCCAUUAACCAGUCUCUCCAGGCUAGAUUUUUUCGGGUCAAGGUUGCAGUAUAUCGAUAUUUCGAAUGUUGGUUUAGACAGAGUUCCACAGAGCUUAACCAAAUUUGUACGAGAUUUACGGUUAGCAAAAAAUAACCUCACACAUAUAAGUGCUGGAGAUUUUGACAGCUAUCCGUACCUUGGUCUACUGGUACUUGAUGAUAACUGUGUGAGUGAAAUUGAAAAUGAUGCUCUGGGAAGACAAGAAUAUCUGAUGAGGCUGUGGUUGAACGGAAAUUGUCUUACAAGAGUUCCUCGUAAUCUUCCUCCUAGUCUGCUAGCUUUAUACAUGGAAGAAAAUAAACUAACAGAACUCUCCAGCUACAGUUUCAAAGGUUUGACACACCUCGAGCAGCUAUUCUUGCAAAGAAAUGAGAUUCGAAUACUUGCACCAUGUGUGUUUUGCGAUCUUGUGAAUCUAAAAAGUUUAGACCUUCAAGCAAAUCAAAUCGAAGAUUUGCCAUCUGGAAUUUUUUCCAAUUUAACUCAGUUAGAAACAUUGGAUUUGUCUCAAAAUAAUCUCAAAAUGAUUGAUUCCAGAUGUUUUGAAGGAUUAACCCGCUUAACUGCUUUACAAAUGUCAAGAGUACCGUCAACCAUUCAAAUGGAUGAGUCUACAUUUGAUGCUUUACAAAGUCUUCAAAUCUUGGAAGUUUAUGACAGUUCCUUGUUGGUGCAAACUAUCAUGAAUUCAACUCGUAUGCUGCAUGGACUUCGAAGAGUUCAGGAGUUGAACAUAAUGCACAACCGCAUUGUGAAGCUUAGGCCAGAUUUUCCUUCAUUUUUCCCUUCACUAAAAGUAAUUAAGAUGAGUGGUAAUUUGUGGCACUGUGACCAAGAUAUCAAAUGGCUUUCCAAUUGGAUAAAACAAUCAAAUGUCCAGUUUUACAGUAGUUACAAUAUACGCUGCGCUACUCCUUUAAACAUUCAGUUCAAGCCUUUGAUGAUGUUGAGUGAAAGUGACUUCGAGGUAUCAACAACUGAAACUCAAACUGUGCUCUCUACUACUUUAAUGACAUCCGUAAAGGAGCAUCCAAUGACUACUUCUUCAUUCUCUAGUUUUCUCAUUUCUGCAUCAACCCAAUCUGCCACGGUUGUAGCAGCCUUAACAGAAACAUCAUCUUCACUACCCACUGUAACUCCUUUAACUCGAAGCAUUUCAUCGACUGUUGUUCCACUUGCGUCAAAGCCAAUAUCACUUUCCCCAUAUCGCUAUCACAUUAUGAAUGUUACUGCUGAGGACCAAUUCACCAAUUCCACCCUGAACUCUGCUUCUGGCGAUGAAUUAACUAAAGACAUCUCCAUAACUGCUAAUCAGUCAUCUGAUAUCCCAACAGCUGAACAGCGACUGACGUCGGAAGACUUUCACACUACGGAAGUGUACGUAACCGACAGUGUGCAAGAAGGUGUUCCAUCAACCGUGAUUUCACACAUAGAACUCGCUGCAGUACGCGGUAACUCGGAUGAUUCCCUCAGCAGCAUCCCGCAGACAGUUUCUCCACAGCGUCGUGUGUUGUCUUCGAGAUUGAGAGUCGCUACACAGGUUAGCGAUUCAAACCGUUGGGAUCAUACGACUACAAUAGUCGUUUCAACGGUCAUCGCUGCCGGAUGCUUCGUGCUUGUUGCUGGAGCUCUCACUGUCUUCACUGUACUCCGUCUUCGCCAUCGGUACCAGCCAGUGAAACACCGCAACAUGCGACGCAGCAGCAGCAUAUCCUACUACCCCCAAAAGGAUGAAGUCUCCAUCGUCACUCUAACUGAAGGCACCGUGGGAUUACGGACAAAUUCUCACCACGGUUUGGGAAACAAAUUGUACUACAUCAUGGAGAGUGGCAGCGCGAUGGAUACAAGCAAAGACACUUUGCCAGAUCCACAACUUCAAGAACUGCUUCCGCAACAAACCACAGAGAACACAAGAGUUUACUGA